GAGCGAAGACACGCCUGACGGAUGGCUCCUACCUUACACUGCUUGGUGGAUGGUCUUGGGGCAUGCGAUCGGGUUUUUCAUGCUGGUAUUUUGGCAGCACAUACGCGAGCUGUGGCAGCAACGUUUGACUUUUCUCGAUCGUUUGUGCAUACCUCAGGAUGAUGCGGAGAAGAAGUCUCAAUGUAUCUAUGGCCUGGCUUCCUUCUUGAACAAGUCUGAUGACCUGAUUGUUCUGUGGUCGCCGAGGUAUUUCAGUAGGUUGUGGUGCACGUACGAGAUCGCUUGCUUCCUUAUGCAUCGCAAGGAAGCUCAUCGAAUCCACUUCUUGCCCGUGCAAAUCUCCAUCAUUUGGGUUCUUGCCUACUUCUCUGCAGCGACCACGUGGCUGUCCUACCUGCUCGCAAAGAGAUACGGUGUAGAAUAUUUCAACUGGGUUCAGACGAGCGGACAAAUCAAUUUAGCUCUGAUGAUCUUGCUUCAGACUGUUGUCCUGUACCCGCCCCUGUUCUACCUCCUGAAUCAGAUGUUGCACGACAUGGCGCGGCUGCCCGGACAAUUACGAGACUUCGACAUCCGGACCGCGCAAUGCUUCUGCUGCUCCCAUAACCACAGGCACCCGUCAAACGGAGCACCAAUCCAGUGCGACCGGCAACUCAUUUACGGUGUAUUGCAGAUGUGGUCUGGGAGUGCUCAGGCGGGUAUGGCAACUGAUGACCAAAUCCAACGCGCCUUCAAACGCCAUUUGGACAGGCACCUGAGACCAUCCGUUGAGCAGGCCUUCACAAACAGCGCUAUGCUGAUGCGGCCGCUGAUGUCUGCUGCUGCCUUGGGCUCCUGGCCAUUUAUGUACGACUUCAUUGCCUAUGAGGGGCGGAGAGCUAUUCUCAUUUGGCAAUGGGGAAGCCCAGUCAGAAAUAUUGGCCUGACGCUGUACAUAUUAUUUUGGAUGCCAAUUUUCAUCCGUUGCCUUCUGCUGCUGGGAAAUGCUAGCAUUCCAUGGUGGAGCCGGCCGUGGUGCAGGUGUGUAGUGGUGGCUUGCCAAGCAAUGGCGACGUUCGUAAUCAGCGGGACAGUCGUCAUGGCUUUUGUG